CAGAUCAUAAUUUAUUUAUUUUUUCUCUACUUUUUCUGCUUUCAGUUCUUUUCCCUUUCCACUCAUUUUAUUUAUAUAAUAAUUAUCAACCUUUCUUUCGCUCUUUUUGUUUGUCUUUUCUUGUUUAAUAUUCAUACACACACAUUAUAUUAUAUUAUAGAUUUUUUACAAUGGGAAGGUCUGCUCGUUCAAAGUCCAUGAUUAGGAACCGCAAUGUUAUGCGCGAAAAAGUGUUUGGCCCUGUCGAGGCAGCACGCAUCCAGCGGUUGGCCGAGAAGCAAAGAGUGACCACCGGCACUGUUGACAUUCUGGCUGCCGGCGAUGAUGAAGAGGCAGCGGCAAUCAAGGCAAAGAACAAGAUUUCCAUCGAGGGUGGUACCAAGAUCUCGUCGAUUGUGCGCAAUAAGAAGGGCCGCGUGUUGUCCAGGAAAUGCGCAAAGUGGACUGCCCAGAAGCGGUUCAAGUAAAAAUUUUGUUUUCUUUCUAUUAUAUUCAUUCCAUAUAUGACUAAAAAAUAUAUAUUUACACGAUA